UCACUUUCUCUCUCUUCACUUUCUCGCUUUAGUUCCCUCACUCUCUCUCUUAACCUUCUCACUCUAGCUUCCUCACUCUCUCUCUUCACUUUCUAACUCUUCUCCUUCUACUUUCUCACUCUAGUUUCCUCACUUUCUCACUCUUCUUCUAUUUUCUCACUCUAGUUUAGCACCACCACCCCCUUUCUCUCUCUACACUAGUUUCUCCCCUCACUAUUAUUUGUUCAACUCUCUCUCUACUCUACUCUUCACUUACAUCUGGUCAGCUCUUUCUCUCUCUACUCUAUCCUCUCAAAACCACACAUUUCCUCUCACUCGUCUCAGUACAAGUCUUUCUCUCUCUACACUAGUUUCCUCUCAUUUGAGCAUCCUAUACACUCGUUUCCUUUCCCCACUUCUCUUUCUCUCUCUACACUCUCUUUCUCUCUCAUCAUGGCCAUUGCUCUGAGCAUGGUUCCAGGGUGCAAAGGAGGGGGCCAGAGUGCAUUAACCUUUGACAAAGGCCGACUCACAACAACUCAUUUGAGGCUCCGGACGCCUUCUCUUAACAAGGAGAUUUGUGCCACACUCGUAUUCACAUCGCCAAAUACCUCAUCAAAUUCUUACACCAAAGAGAGGGAACAGCUGGGAAUGACGAUCAAGGUUCCCAUUGAUCACGAAGAGCAUCAAACCUCUGUUUUCGAUGAGGAGAAGAAGGAAUUAAUAUUAGAUGGAUUUGUGGCCCCUGAUAUGAAUACCUUUGGCCAUUCAUUUAGGGACUAUGACGCAGACAGCGAAAGGAAGAGAUCUGUUGAACAAUUCUAUAAACUGAGCCAUAUUUAUCAAACCUAUGAAUUUGUGCAAAGGAUGAGAAAGGAAUAUGGGAGUUUGAACAGGGUAGAAAUGAGCAUUUGGGAAUGUUGUGAGCUGUUGAAUGAGUUUGUAGAUGAGAGCGACCCGGACCUUGAUGAGCCCCAAAUUGAACACCUGUUGCAAACUGCUGAAGCCAUCAGGAGAGAUUAUCCUGAUGAGGAUUGGCUGCAUUUGACCGGCCUUAUCCAUGAUUUAGGAAAGGUUCUUCUUCAUCCAAGCUUUGGGGCACUUCCUCAAUGGGCUGUAGUAGGGGACACAUUCCCUGUAGGAUGCCGCUUUGAUGAAUCCAAUAUCCAUUACAAGUAUUUCAAGGACAACCCUGACUUCAACAACCAAAAAUACAACACCGAGUUUGGAGUCUAUACAGAAGGGUGCGGACUUAAUAAUGUGCUUAUGUCUUGGGGCCAUGAUGACUACAUGUAUUUGGUGGCCAAGGAAAACAAGACAACUUUGCCUGAUGCUGCUCUCUUUAUCAUUAGAUACCAUUCUUUCUACCCACUACAUAAAGCUGGGGCUUACAAAUACUUUAUGAAUGAGAAGGAUCAUGAAGGCCUUAAAUGGCUCCAAGUGUUCAACAAAUACGACUUGUACAGCAAAAGCAAAGUCAGAAUUGAUGUGGAGAAAGUGAAGCCUUACUAUAUCUCUCUUAUUAACAAGUACUUCCCAAAAAAGUUGAGAUGGUAAAGCAUGGGAUUGACAUCUUUCAAUAGAAUGGAGAAGUGAAACUUGAAGGCAAAGGGUGCAUCUUAGGGGGCUAAGAGAUUUUUAUUUUCUUAUCCAUCGCUUUUUUGUCAUCAAUAUAAAGAAGGAUGUCUCUUGCGUCAAUUAAUAAUUAUGGUAAUGAGUACAAGUUAGGGUUCUUGUGUAUGGGGUUGGUGGGAAGCUUAUUCCCUAUAUAUGAACUCAUUGCUGUAAAUUGGUGGAUCUAAAAUAAAUGAAAUCUCCAUUUUGUUUGGUGUGCAA